AGCUUUUUUUCAAAAAAUAGAGAUGUGUCUCUUUCAUUUUCUGCUCGGAAAUAUUUUUUCCAUGUUUUCUCAUCUUAAAGGAAGUGACAGGCGGUUCAAGAGGUCACGCCCUUGCGCGGGGUUUCGAGGUGUCGAGGUAGUGCCAGGCUCCAUGAGGUUAAGGCUAGGGUGUGACACGAGAGGGCACAAACCUCAGGUUGGGCAGUAGCACACGCGCAAAUCGCAAUGUGCUUAACCUUAUACGUAAUGCAAAUACCUCGUUCUUCUCGAUAUUUGGAGCCGAAGUCCUUCGGAACGGUAACAUGGCAUCUACGACACCCGGUGCCCCCAUGUGCGAAGAAGCCGGAAACUUUGCUGCAAUUAAAGGUUAUUCCAUGUCUCAUCUCCAAUUGGAUGUCACAGAGGACUUGAUCAACGCCAAUGAGGAAUGGGCGCAAAACGUAAUAAAAAAUGAUCCUAAUUUCUUCAAGGACUCUGCUACUUAUCCCCAAAGGCCCGAGGUCCUUUGGAUUGGCUGCUCUGACUCGCGAGUGCCAGCCUCUGUCGUCACAGCGUCCAUGCCUGGCGACAUCUUUACACACACGAACAUUGCAAACCAAUUCCACAGCUUUGAUGACAACGUUAACUCCGUCCUAUCCUUCGCUGUCCACCAGGUCGACGUCAAACAUGUUGUCCUCGUCGGUCACAGUAUCUGCGGAGGUGCCAUAGCAGCGAUAGAGGCUGCUGACGGAGGGCCCGUCGAACCCCACGACCCACUCACGCGUUGGUUGAUCCCCCUCAUCCAACUCGUUCGAACCCUUGAUCUCGACGGACUACCUGAGAAUGAGGCAGUGGAGAAGGUUAUUGAAGCCAACAUCUAUAAGCAGGUUGAAAAUAUUUGCCUGUCGGAACCGAUUGUCACUGCGUGGGCAGCCGGGAAUGAUGUCUCUGUACAUGGAUGGCUGUAUGAUCUCGCUACGGGACGCAUCAGAGAGCUUGUCGUGCGAUCCCCUCCGUGUGCGCGUUCUUGUUAGUAUUACAAUCAUUGAUCCGGUUUUGAUGCAUUCUUUGUACAAAUUUGUUAGAUACGUUGACGGUGACUGAACAAUAUGUACAACUCUAUAUCACUUUGCUUCCCACAUGUCUAU